AUGACACUGCUGGCCUCCGAGAGGUCCCUUCUCAUCAGGAACAAGUUCCGCUCAGUGCUGCAGUUGAGGAUUCAGAACCGGAGGCAGAGUGAAAUCAAUGCAGACUCUGGAUUGAAACCGACUGCUCCACCUCAAAAAUCAGAGAAAGACCAGAGUGAAGCUCUGCGUCUGAAUGAAGAUGGUACCACUCAGAAGCUGCCCCCUAGUGGUCUGAACACUAAAACCACACAAGAGAGGAGUGUGUUUGGCGCCCAGAGGCAGAAGAAGGCUCGCCUGGCGCAGGACCUCACCGAGAGGAUCCAUUGUCAGCCUGGACCUGUGGAGCAACAGCACCAACACACGCUGCCCCUGGAGAACCGUUCGGCCUCCUUCUCUCUCUCCGCUGAUGUCUUCGAAGAUGACAUCUCCUCCUGCGCCUCCUCCUCGCCCACCGGGCAACAUGGCGUUCACCAAUCACCGGCCUACUCUUCUCUACCAGGGCUCCCAGGCGACCAAUUACUGAGUGACUUCUCAGCUGUGGGCCCGCCCCUUAACCACAGCCCCGCUCAUGCUCAGUCUGGUUUGACGUUGCUCCCGGCAACCGAGGGCAUCAGACACCCGAUGACUGUAACGCUGGGUGAAUCAAACUCCAUGGCAACAACUGGGAGACCAAAUGGGAUGUUUCUGACCUCUCAGACCACCCCCCUGCUGCCAAAGACAGCUCAGCCUGCCAGCCCGACCUGCUCCUCCCUGCACUUCAACCACCUCCCCCGCCCACGGAAACCGAGGGACACCAAACCCAAAAUGAGGAAACUCAAGUAUCACCAGUACAUUCCUCCAGACCAGAGAGGAGCUUCUGGCACUGGAGCGGGAGGAGCCAAACAGAAGAGCACUACCCCUACCCAGUCUUUAGACCCAGCCUAUUCCCACCUCCUGAAGCAGCAGCAGGUCAUCCUCCAGCUUCAAAUCCUCCAGAACCAGCAGCAGCAGCAACAACAACAUCAGCAGCAACAGCAGCAACAACAACAACAACAACAUCAGCAGCAGCACAGAGAUCACUGUGUGAAGUCGUCUGGAGCCCUGCCCCUCAACCCCCAGCCUGCGCCUGCCACAACCAACCACACCCCCAUGGACGCAAACCCAACGUCCAACCCCGAGCCUCUGCCUGCAAACCUCGUUGAUCUAACAGUGUCAGAGUUGCGGCAGCAGCUGCGUAAGCGUGGCCUCCCCGUCUCCGGCACAAAGCCGGCCCUGUUGCAGCGUCUACUUCCCUUCCAGCUUCCUCACACUCACCUGCCCCCUGCUCCCCUGUGCCAACUGGGUACCAACCAGGAGCCCCUCACUCCCUGCCCCCUGCUGCCACCCAGCCAGAGCCCUGGCUCCAGCUCCAGCUCUGGACCGGACUCGCCCGGCAGCCCGAACCAACAGCUCUACAUCCAAGACAGAGGAAUCCCUAAUGGGAUUCUCAGUGACGGUCCAAAUGGAAAUCUGAAUGCCGUGCCGAGCAGGUUCACAAGUGCUGCGUCAGUCAGUUUGGCAGGGGAACAGUGCGGCCUUACCAACGCCGUCUUCCUGGCUCCUGCCAGCACCGCCUCAGGAACUCCCAGUCCCAGUCUCCCCAUGUCGUCCUCUUCGCCCCUGCAGUGUGUGACUCCCUGGAGAAGUGAGAGCGAGCAGCAGCAGCAGCAGCAGCAGGAGCUGAAUGUGGAGCUGGAGAUGAGGCAGAGGAUACGGAGCAGGCCCAGGGACCGCUCCACGAGCACUGGGAAUGAGUCUUGUGACGGAGCCCUGCAUCCUUUCCUGCAACAGGAUCCAGGAUGCUCUCGGGGGAAACCAGAAACAGAUGCGCAGACAGAGGUGCUGUUCACACAGGUGUUUUGCUUUCAACCAUGUGAUGUGAUUGGCCAGGACUUUGAGCUGCCGGUGCAGAUUACAGCCAGUCCUGUGCAGACCUUGCCCAGCGUUCGCAGUUUGGAAGAGGAGCUACAGGAGGCUAUCCAGAAAGCCCAGAUGGACCCUCGGCAGUCCAUAGAUGACAUUUUGGAUGAGCCUAUUACCUGCGACGACUCUGUCAAUGUCUCUGAUCUUAAAUCCCCGGUCCACUCUGCCCCCGGCCCAUCUCCUCCUCCUCCUCCUCCUCCUCCUCAAGUCGAUCAGUCCCAGGCCUCCCAGCUGCACACCAGGGACGACAACUUCCUGCCCUCGCCACUUUGCUCUUCUCUCUUGCUGGAGCUACCUCCAUCUCCCGCGGUAAUAAACCCCAGCCAGGUUGUGCCAGCUCCUCCCCCACCUCCCAUCUGCACCUCCCCUCUGCCGUCCACUGUGAAGUCACGGAAGCGACGGGCCCCGACUCUGUUUGACGCUGCCGACUGGCUCGAAACGCUGACGUGUGGCCUCCGCCCUCUCACCCCACCGACAGCUCCCUUUGUGGAGUCAGACUUCAGUCUGGAUUCAGAUUUGAACGUCAAUCGAGUGUUGGAUCUGAUGAUAGAGCAGUGGUGA